GUAAUUCCGAGGGAGAGUGAGUGGGGCCGGGACCGGCCGAGCCGAGCCCACACCUCUCUUCCCCUAMGCGCGUGGGCAGGACAGGGGGCUCCACAGGACAGCGCAGCCGAAGCCCAUUUCCAGGGGCGCUUUGCUCCCCGUUUUCCCACACUUCUUUCUCUGCCCUUCACCGGAACGGUUGGUCAAGGGGUGGGGGAAAGAGACGCAAACACAAAAGUGGAAAACAGUUAAUGACCAGCCACAGCGUCUGCUGUGAGCUUCGGCCAGUGCCUCCAGGGCUCCUGAGCCACACACAGGUUGCUUUGGGUGCCGGCUGAGGUAACAUGGCUUAUUGGCCUCAGUUGAGGUUGCUGCUGUGGAAGAACCUCACUUUCAGAAGAAGACAAACAUGUCAGCUCYUGCUGGAAGUGGCCUGGCCUCUGUUUAUCUUCCUGAUCCUAAUCUCUGUUCGACUGAGCUACCCACCCUAUGAACAACAUGAAUGUCACUUUCCAAAUAAAGCCAUGCCCUCUGCAGGAACACUUCCUUGGGUUCAGGGGAUUAUCUGUAAUGCCAACAACCCCUGUUUCCGUUAUCCAACCCCUGGUGAGGCUCCAGGGGUUGUUGGAAACUUUAACAAGUCCAUUGUAUCUCGCCUGUUCUCAGACGCUCGGAGGCUUCUUUUAUACAGCCGGAGAGAUACCAGCAUGAAAGACAUACACAAAGUUCUGAGGACAUUACAGCAGAUCAAGAAUUCCAGUCCAAGCUUGAAGCUUCAGGAUUUCCUGGUGGACAAUGAAACCUUCUCAGGAUUCCUGAAUCACAAUCUGUCUCUACCAAGGCCAACUGUGGAGAAAAUGCUGGGGGCUGAUGUCAGUCUGCAGAAGGUAUUUUUGCAAGGUUACCAGUUACAUUUGACCAAUCUGUGCAAUGGAUCCAAAUUAGGAGAAGUGAUUCGACUUGGUGAUGCAGAAGUUUCUGAGCUUUGCAGUCUACCAAGGGAAAAACUGGAUGCGGCAGAGCGAGUGCUUCGUUCCAACAUGGACAUCCUGAAGCCGAUCGUGAUAGGACUGAACUCUACAUCUCCCUUCCCAAGCAAACAGCUGGCCGAAGCCACCAAGACUCUGCUGGAUAGUCUCGGGAGUCUGGCCCAAGAGCUGUUCAGCAUGAGGAGCUGGAGCGACAUGCGACAGGAGGUGUUGUUUCUGACCAACGUGAACRGCUCCAGCUCCUCCACCCAGAUAUACCAGGCUGUGUCCCGCAUCGUCUGUGGCCAUCCAGAGGGCGGGGGGCUGAAGAUCAAGUCUCUGAACUGGUACGAGGACAACAACUACAAAGCCCUCUUUGGAGGCAAUGGCACUGAGGAAGAUGCUGACACUUUCUAUGACAACUCUACAACUCCUUAUUGCAAUGAUUUGAUGAAGAAUUUGGAGUCUAGUCCUCUUUCCCGCAUCAUUUGGAAAGCUCUCAAGCCUCUGCUUGUUGGGAAGAUUCUGUAUACACCUGACACUCCGGCCACGAGGCAGGUUAUGGCAGAGGUGAACAAGACCUUCCAGGAGUUGGCUGUGUUCCAUGACCUGGAAGGCAUGUGGGAAGAGCUCAGCCCCAAGAUCUGGACCUUCAUGGAGAACAGCCAAGAAAUGGACCUUGUUCGGACGCUGUUGGAUAGCAGAAGCAAUGACCGCUUCUGGGAACAGCAGUUGGACGGCUUAGAUUGGACAGCCCAAGACAUCGUGGCAUUUCUGGCCAAGUACCCAGAGGAUGUCCAGUCUGCCAAUGGCUCUGUGUACACCUGGAGAGAAGCUUUCAACGAGACCAACAGGGCAAUCCAGACCAUAUCUCGCUUCAUGGAGUGUGUCAACCUGAACAAGCUGGAACCCAUACCCACAGAGGUCCGGCUCAUCAACAAGUCCAUGGAGCUGCUGGAUGAGAGGAAGUUCUGGGCUGGUAUCGUGUUCACAGGAAUCGCUCCAGGCAGUGCCGAGCUGCCCCAUCACGUCAAGUACAAAAUCCGAAUGGACAUUGACAAUGUGGAGAGAACAAACAAAAUCAAGGAUGGGUACUGGGAUCCAGGUCCUCGGGCUGACCCCUUUGAGGAUAUGCGAUACGUCUGGGGAGGCUUCGCCUACUUGCAAGAUGUGGUGGAGCAGGCGAUCAUCAGGGUACUGACGGGCACUGAGAAGAAAACCGGUGUCUAUGUGCAGCAGAUGCCUUACCCCUGUUAUGUCGAUGACAUCUUCCUGCGGGUAAUGAGCCGCUCAAUGCCCCUCUUCAUGACGCUGGCCUGGAUCUACUCUGUGGCUGUGAUCAUCAAGGGCAUCGUGUAUGAGAAGGAGGCGAGGCUGAAGGAGACCAUGCGGAUCAUGGGCCUGGACAACGGCAUCCUGUGGUUUAGCUGGUUCAUCAGUAGCCUCAUCCCUCUGCUUCUGAGUGCCAGCCUGCUAGUGGUCAUCCUGAAGUUAGGAAACCUGCUGCCCUACAGUGACCCCAGCGUGGUGUUUGUCUUCCUGUCUGUGUUUGCUGUGGUGACCAUCCUGCAGUGCUUCCUGAUUAGCACACUCUUCUCCCGAGCCAACCUGGCAGCAGCCUGUGGGGGCAUCAUUUACUUCACGCUGUACCUGCCCUAUGUCCUGUGCGUGGCAUGGCAGGACUAUGUGGGCUUCACAGUCAAGAUCUUCGCGAGCCUGCUAUCUCCUGUGGCUUUUGGGUUUGGCUGUGAGUACUUUGCCCUUUUUGAGGAGCAGGGCAUUGGUGUGCAGUGGGACAACCUCUUUGAGAGCCCUGUGGAGGAAGAUGGCUUCAAUCUCACCACUUCAGUCUCCAUGAUGCUGUUCGACACCUUCCUCUAUGGGGUGAUGACCUGGUACAUUGAGGCUGUCUUUCCAGGCCAGUAUGGAAUUCCCAGGCCCUGGUAUUUUCCUUGCACCAAGUCCUACUGGUUUGGUGAGGAAAGUGAUGAGAAGAGCCACCCUGGUUCUAGCCAGAAGGGAAUAUCAGAAAUCUGCAUGGAAGAGGAACCGACCCACCUGAAGCUGGGUGUGUCCAUUCAGAACCUGGUGAAGAUUUACCGAGAUGGCAUGAAGGUGGCUGUUGAUGGCCUGGCACUGAAUUUUUAUGAGGGCCAGAUCACCUCCUUUCUGGGCCACAAUGGAGCAGGGAAGACAACCACCAUGUCAAUCCUGACUGGGUUGUUCCCUCCCACCUCCGGCACGGCCUACAUCUUGGGAAAGGAUAUUCGCUCUGAGAUGAGCACCAUCCGGCAGAACCUGGGGGUCUGUCCCCAGCACAAUGUGCUAUUUGACAUGCUUACUGUGGAAGAGCACAUUUGGUUCUAUGCCUGCCUGAAGGGACUUUCCCAGAAGCAUGUGAAAGCAGAGAUGGAACAAAUGGCCCUGGAUGUUGGUCUGCCGCCCAGCAAGCUGAAAAGCAAAACAAGUCAGUUGUCAGGUGGGAUGCAGAGAAAGCUGUCUGUGGCCUUGGCCUUUGUUGGGGGGUCCAAGGUUGUCAUUCUGGAUGAGCCCACAGCUGGUGUGGAUCCCUACUCCCGCAGGGGAAUAUGGGAGCUGCUGCUGAAAUACCGACAAGGCCGCACCAUUAUUCUCUCCACACACCACAUGGAUGAAGCAGACAUCCUGGGGGAUAGGAUUGCCAUCAUUUCCCAUGGGAAGUUGUGCUGUGUGGGCUCCUCCCUGUUUUUGAAGAACCAGCUGGGAACAGGCUACUACCUGACACUGGUCAAGAAAGAUGUGGAAUCCUCCCUGAGUUCCUGCCGAAAUAGCAGCAGCACUGUGUCAUACCUGAAAAAGGAGGACAGUGUUUCUCAGAGCAGUUCUGAUGCUGGCCUGGGCAGCGACCAUGAAAGUGACACGCUGACCAUCGAUGUCUCAGCCAUCUCCAACCUCAUCAGGAAGCAUGUGUCUGAAGCCCGGCUAGUGGAAGACAUUGGGCAUGAGUUGACCUACGUACUGCCAUAUGAAGCUGCUAAGGAGGGGGCAUUUGUGGAACUCUUCCAUGAGAUCGAUGACCGGCUCUCAGACCUGGGCAUAUCCAGUUAUGGCAUCUCAGAGACUACCUUGGAAGAAAUAUUCCUCAAAGUGGCUGAAGAGAGUGGGGUGGAUGCUGAGACUUCAGAUGGUACCUUGCCAGCGAGACGAAACCGACGGGCCUUUGGAGACAAGCAGAGCUGCCUUCGCCCAUUUACUGAAGAUGAUGCUAUUGAUCCCAAUGAUUCUGAUAUAGACCCAGAAUCCAGGGAGACAGACCUGCUCAGCGGGAUGGAUGGUAAAGGCUCCUAUCAGGUGAAGGGCUGGAAACUCACACAGCAACAGUUUGUGGCUCUUUUGUGGAAGAGGCUGCUGAUCGCCAGACGGAGUAGAAAAGGAUUCUUCGCUCAGAUUGUYCUGMCAGCUGURUUUGUCUGCAUUGCCCUGGUGUUCAGCCUGAUUGUGCCACCCUUUGGCAAGUACCCUAGCCUGGAACUUCAGCCCUGGAUGUACAAUGAGCAGUAUACGUUUGUCAGUAAUGAUGCUCCUGAGGACACUGGCACCCAGCAACUCUUGAAUGCCCUCACCAAAGACCCUGGUUUUGGGACCCGGUGUAUGGAAGGAAACCCAAUCCCAGACACACCCUGCUUGGCAGGGGAGGAGGAGUGGACUACUGCCCCAGUUCCCCAGACCAUCAUGGACCUCUUCCAAAAUGGGAACUGGACAAUGCAGAACCCUUCACCUGCCUGCCAGUGUAGCAGUGACAAAAUCAAAAAGAUGCUGCCUGUGUGUCCCCCGGGGGCAGGGGGGAUGCCACCUCCACAGAGAAAACAGAACACUGCAGACAUCCUUCAGAAUCUGACAGGAAGGAACAUCUCGGAUUACCUGGUGAAGACGUAUGUGCAGAUCAUAGCCAAAAGCUUAAAGAAUAAGAUCUGGGUGAAUGAGUUUAGGUAUGGUGGAUUUUCCCUCGGUGUCAGUAACUCUCAAGCACUUCCUCCAAGUCAAGAAGUUAAUGAUGCCAUCAGGCAAAUGAAGAAACACUUGAAGCUGGCCAAGGACAGUUCUGCAGAUCGAUUUCUCAACAACUUGGGAAGGUUCAUGACAGGACUGGACACCAAAAAUAAUGUCAAGGUGUGGUUCAAUAACAAAGGCUGGCAUGCUAUCAGCUCUUUCCUGAAUGUCAUCAACAAUGCCAUUCUCCGGGCCAACCUGCAGAAGGGAGAGAACCCUAGCCAGUAUGGGAUUACUGCUUUCAAUCACCCCCUGAAUCUCACCAAGCAGCAGCUUUCAGAAGUGGCUCUGAUGACCACGUCAGUAGAUGUACUUGUGUCCAUAUGUGUCAUCUUUGCGAUGUCCUUUGUCCCAGCCAGCUUUGUUGUGUUCCUGAUCCAGGAGCGGGUCAGCAAAGCCAAGCACCUACAGUUUAUCAGUGGAGUGAAGCCUGUCAUCUACUGGCUUUCCAAUUUUGUCUGGGAUAUGUGCAAUUAUGUGGUUCCUGCUACAUUGGUCAUUAUCAUCUUCAUCUGCUUUCAGCAGAAGUCCUAUGUGUCCUCCACCAACCUGCCUGUGCUAGCCCUUCUUCUUUUGCUAUAUGGGUGGUCAAUCACACCUCUUAUGUACCCAGCCUCCUUUGUGUUCAAGAUCCCCAGCACAGCCUAUGUGGUGCUCACCAGCGUGAACCUCUUCAUUGGCAUCAAUGGCAGUGUGGCCACUUUUGUGCUAGAGCUCUUUACCAACAAUAAGCUGAAUAACAUCAAUGAUAUCCUGAAGUCUGUGUUCUUGAUCUUCCCACAUUUUUGCUUGGGACGAGGGCUCAUUGAUAUGGUGAAAAACCAGGCAAUGGCUGAUGCCCUGGAAAGAUUUGGGGAGAAUCGCUUUGUGUCACCACUCUCUUGGGACUUGGUAGGACGAAACCUUUUUGCCAUGGCUGUGGAAGGGGUGGUAUUUUUCCUCAUUACUGUUCUGAUCCAGUACAGAUUCUUCAUCAGACCCAGACCAGUGAAAGCAAAGCUUCCUCCUUUGAAUGAUGAGGAUGAAGAUGUAAGGCGGGAAAGACAGAGAAUUCUGGAUGGUGGAGGACAGAAUGAUAUCUUGGAAAUCAAAGAGUUGACUAAGAUAUAUAGGAGGAAGAGGAAGCCUGCUGUUGACAGGAUUUGUGUUGGCAUUCCUCCUGGUGAGUGCUUUGGACUUCUGGGAGUUAAUGGUGCUGGAAAAUCAUCCACUUUCAAGAUGCUAACUGGAGACACUACUGUUACCAGAGGGGAUGCUUUCCUUAACAAAAAUAGUAUCUUGUCAAACAUCCAUGAAGUACAUCAGAACAUGGGCUAUUGCCCUCAGUUUGAUGCUAUCACAGAGCUGCUGACUGGAAGAGAGCAUGUAGAGUUCUUCGCCCUCUUGAGAGGAGUCCCAGAGAAAGAAGUUGGCAAGGUUGGUGAAUGGGCAAUUCGGAAACUGGGCCUUGUGAAGUAUGGAGAAAAAUAUGCUGGUAACUAUAGUGGAGGCAACAAGCGCAAGCUUUCAACAGCCAUGGCUUUGAUUGGUGGGCCACCUGUGGUAUUUCUGGAUGAACCAACCACAGGCAUGGAUCCCAAAGCCCGAAGAUUCUUGUGGAAUUGUGCCCUAAGCAUCGUCAAGGAGGGGAGAUCAGUAGUGCUUACAUCUCAUAGUAUGGAGGAAUGUGAAGCUCUUUGCACUAGGAUGGCAAUUAUGGUCAAUGGGAGGUUCAGGUGCCUUGGCAGUGUACAACAUCUGAAAAAUAGGUUUGGAGAUGGUUAUACAAUAGUUGUACGAAUAGCAGGAUCCAAUCCUGACCUGAAGCCUGUCCAGGAAUUCUUUGGACUUGCCUUCCCAGGAAGCGUCCUAAAAGAGAAACACCGGAACAUGUUACAGUACCAGCUUCCCUCUUCAUUAUCUUCUCUGGCCAGGAUAUUCAGUAUCCUCUCCCAGAGCAAAAAGCGACUCCACAUAGAAGACUACUCUGUUUCUCAGACAACACUUGACCAAGUAUUUGUGAACUUUGCCAAGGACCAAAGUGAUGAUGACCACUUAAAGGACUUGUCAUUACACAAAAACCAGACAGUAGUGGAUGUUUCAGUUCUCACAUCUUUUCUACAGGAUGAGAAAGUGAAAGAAAGUUAUGUAUGAAGAAUGUCGUUCAUACAGGAUGGCUGAACAUAAGGAAGAACGAGAUCUUCCUUUUACACUGUGUGAAGUGUUCCAGAGGAACAGGCUGGAAGUUUUUGUGGGAAGAAGUAAACUGGAUACUGUACUGAUACUAUUCAAUGCAAUGCAAUUCAAUGCAAUGAAAACAAAAUUCCAUUACAGGGGCAGUGCCUUUGUAGCCUAUGUCUUGUAUGGCUCUAUGUGAAAAAGACUUGAAUUUAGUUUAUUACCUUUACCUAUGUGAAACUAUAGUAUGGAACCCAGUGGACAUUUGGGUUUGAAGUCAUACUUUUUUGUUCCUGUGUAUCCUCACUGGGAUUGCAGCAACAAUUCAUCAAAUAACCAUGGCCAGUGAUUAUCAAAAUCAAAGGCGUACAUCCUCAUCCAUUAAGCCAUCCCAUUCCAGGAGACCGGUUUCCUGGUGACACAACCAUUGCUGGCAAUGAGUGUGCCAGAAUUACUAGUGCCAAGUUGCUCAGAAAGUCUGAAACACCGUAGUGUGUAACAUACACCUUUGUAAAGCUGCUCUUCUCAGAGUCUAUCAACAUCAUUAAAUAUCAGGUGACAAAAUGGUGCCAUGUACGGCUAACGUCCUUCUUUGAGUCCCUUUUUGAUGAGCUGCUUUGGUGGCUGUAAUAUGUAAAGUAUGGAUAUCUACACACAGGAAACUUGGUUCCAUUGUUAUGUUGCCCCAUGCUUGGGAGCCAUGGGUUUCUAGGGUCUUUCUGGGACUGUUUAAAUAUACUUAAAUCCUGGUAAGAAACAAAGGCUUAGCAGCCAAACUGUUGGAACUGUAAGCUGCUGAAGUCAAGGCAUGGGAUUAAAGAGAUGGUGUAUUCAAACCUAGUGCCCAUUUGUCCUGAUUGUUAACACGGUACACUGCAUCUCAAAAAUUUUGUUAUUUGACACAGGUGUAGUAUUAUUUCUGGMUUUUUGAAUUAAUCUAGAAAUGAAAAGAUUGAGUUAUAUUUUGACAAAAAUCUUUGUACUAUUAUGUCAUUUGGARUUUUCAGUUAUAUCAGUGAUUUCUGAAACCUUAGAAUGACCUCUUUUAGGACCUGUGGUAUAGAGGAGUAUGGUCACACUGCCUCACUAGCUUUAUUUUUCCUAUACAAAUKUGCAGAUAGAAUGUCUGACUAGUGCCUAGUGACUAUAAAACAAUGUGGUGGUCAAGAUCUCAUGAUAUUGUUGUUGAAUUUAAAAUCACGUAGAAUACUCUUAAAUCAGUUCAUCAAUCAAGUAUUUUUUGAGUAUAUGCUAUAGCUGAAUGUGUACGUAUAGAUGGAUGGAUACAAAAGAGAAAUUAAGAAGAGAAAUUAAGUCUCAGUAGAUUUCCCAUGCCAUGUUAUUCAGCUAACUGGUUUACAAAAGAUAGGUUGUUUUAUUGUGAUUAUGGAAGCCCACUUAAAGAAUAUUGGCUAGACUUUUUUUUUUCUUUUAAUAGCAACAGUGCAAAAGCCAGAAAAGGUCACAAGGCUGAACAAUGGAUUCUUUCAAAGAGAAAUCAGCUAGCUUGGGAACUUGUUGAAUACAACUUGUACUUAUGACAUUUAGUACCUCCACAUAAUUGGUUCUGCAGAAAUGUUAGACACCCCAUUAAAUCUCUGACAAUCUCAAAUUUUGAAUCUCUUCAAUCAUUAAACUAUCCUGAAAAAAAUAAAAACAGCAAAUGCUUCCACAAAGAAUAGUUUUCAGACUUAAUCUUAUUUUAGUUUUUAAAUAAAAAAUAUUAUUUCACUAAUGCUCAGUGUCAUCUUUCUUGAGACAAAACAAAAAUAUGAGGGAAUUGCUAUUUGGCAAAGUUCAAGUAAACUUUCAAUAUCAUUAAUUUAUCUUAACUAUUUCUAAAAUUUAAAUAUUAACUCUAAAGGUAUACAAUUUCAGAUAUAUUUCAAAUGUGUAUGUAUAUAUAUGUGAAUAUAUAUAUACAUAUAUAUUUAGAUUCAUAGACUGUUAAGCAACUCCUGGCUUAAAAAGAAAAAUGAUUUUCAAAAAAUUAAUGUCAUUAUUUUCUAAAAUGAUAAAGCAUAUUUUCAAUAACUAUUAGCAUGAGAUUACUACAUUCAUGCCAUUUUCAAAGAUAUAAGAAUAAUUUAGUUUCUAAGAAUAAUUUAGUUUCUCAUUAAUUUUAAAAAUAAAAUCAAAAUCUGGUGGUUUUCUCAUUUCAUCAUGAAUCACUCUCAUUCACGAUAUUAAAUCCAUGAGUGACUCUUUGCUUCUAAUUACUCUGACUUCAAGGUCACAUUUUAAAACUUCAAAGGCACUGUGAACUAUUUUGAGAAAAAAAUUAAAUGUAGAUUUAAAAGGGUCUUUCUGAAGCUAGAAAUAAUAUACAGUUCUACAUUAACUUCAUUAUUAUUGUGUUACCUUUUAGACUAUCCAAACAGUAAUCUUAAAGUUCCCUGUGUAAACUUAAUUAUGGUAGAAAUUUUUACCAACUCUAUCCUUAAAUAAAAUUUCUGUAUAUUAACUGUGGAAAUGUAACUAUGUGAGUUUCAUAAAUUCUCAAAAAGUGUUCAAAGAUUUCURCUCUUGCAUCUUUUGGAUACCUUGGAAAACUUACUAACUGUGAAUAUAAAAAAUACAAAAGAAAAUAACAAGUCCUCUCUAUAUAAAUACCUAGCACUAUUCAUUGUUAUAAAACAAACAACCAAACCUCAACUACUGUAUUUUGAUAUCUGUACUGAAAGCAUUUCUUUGUGACUAUUAAAUGUUGCACAUCAUUCAUUCACUGUAUAGUAAUCAUUGACUAAAGGGAUUUGUCUAUGUUUUCUUCUCAUGGUUGUAUAUAUCAGGUAAAAUUUUUUCCAAAGAGCCAUGUGUUAUGUAAUAAUGAACCACUUUGAUACUGAGAUAUUAAUUUGUAUUUACUAGUAAUAAUGUAAUACCAUAGUUAAUACUGCUYUAAUUCUUUUCAAAAUUAUUGCAUCCCUUUUUAUAGAAUGUUUAUAUUUCCAUAAGGAUUAGGUAUGCUAUUAUUCCUUCUUAUACCCUUGAGUAAAGCUGUUCUUGUGCUUUUUCUUUAUCAUUGGCCCUUCAUUCCAAGCACUUUAUGCURUCUGUAAUGGAUCUAUUUUUGCACUGGAAUAUCUGAGAAUUGCAAAACUAGACAAAAGUUUCACAAUAGAUUUCUAAGUUAAAUCAUUU